GCGAAACUAUAUAAACAGAGCCCAAAUCGUGAACGGGGCAGAAAGUAUUUGUCGAUUGGCUAACAUCGACCAAGCCAGCAGCACCAGCCAAGAGAUCCAUUUGGCUGUGUAGGAUCGACAAGCCGUCGUUUCCAUACCACUGGACGGCGUUCGUUGUAGGUAGCCAAUUGCUAGCCUACCAUCCAGCUUCAUCGCUUCGAUGGCUUCGCAGACGGAAAGCUGUCGACACUCGUGGUUCUACUGUCGACGAGUGAACAUCUCCGAGCAGACCCGGAUCGUGCAGUCGGCGCUAUCGUCCACUCACCAUCCUCCACCCACCCCUCGCCAACAACGGUCAAACAGAUCAGGUUGGAGAUCUGUGGUUUUAACUGCAAUCAAACCUGGCAAGAGUUAUAUGAAAUCUUUUUUCCCAUCAAGUGGGGUGGCGGUGGUCUACAGAAUCGUCAUGUCGGACUGCGCAGAUCUUGGAGUGCCAGCUAGUUUGCAGAGCACCAAACCAACCGACCGCAAAGCGGUCGGUUGCGGGAGUAUCGAGCAGCACUUCAUCCUGCCGGCGUCCGUCGAGGUCGUGAGUAGAUGCAUGCGAAGAAUUGAAGAGUGUACACGAAAAAAAAAACAAUGUAGUAUCGUUGAUUGGCCAAUCGUAGAGCAGAAGUAAAUGUGACGAGAAUUUUUGAUUUCUAAAUAUAGUUUGCUUUUUCUUUA